AUGGAGACCAGCGACGAGGCGCCCGACGUCGCCGACGAGAAGUCUCCCAGGGGCGUCAGGCUCUUUGUCGAGCGGCUGAGGAGGGACCCCCCGAACCAGUUCCUCAUCCUCAUCUGCAACCUCCUGUGGGCCGACGUUCUGCAGUGCCUGGCCUUUAUGCUGAGCAUCCACUGGGCGGCGCAGGGCAGCAUCGACACGCGGAGCAGGAUAUGCUGGGCGCAGGGGUGGUUUCUCGCCAUUGGUGAUUUGGGCUCCAGCCUGAUGAUCACCGCCAUCGCCUUUCACACCUACCUCGGGGUAGUCAAGAAUUACCGGCCAACCACCUGGGCCUUUUACUGUGGCCUCAACCCCGAACGUCAAGACAUCCGACUAUAUCUCCACUACCUGUGGACAUCCCUCUCCAUCUUCGUCAUCACCGUGGUCUACAUCUACAUAUACAUCUACCUGCAACGCAGCAAAGACCAGAGCAGCACGGGCCAGCACUACCCCUACGGCCCUUAUCAUAAAAUGCCACCACGACCCAAGACACCCUCCCCCGCCAGUCGGGAAUCCAAAAACAGCAGCCCAGCCAGGCUAUCGACGCCACCAAUCGUCCACUCCCCACCGAAAAACAUGCCCGACGACGAAGGCACCACAACCGCCCAGACAACAACAAUAAACUUCAAGAGCCGCUCCUCCACCUCCAACAGCUCCCGAUCAAAUAACAACAACAACAACAACAACAACAACAAUAACAUCAGCACGCGCAACCCGGCCUUCCUCCUCUACCCCCUAAUCUUCAUACUCUGCACGGCGCCGCUGUCCUUUUGCAGCCUGGCGGGGCGGUCCAGCGCCGGCGUGCCCCAGGGCUACCUCUGCUUCGCGGCGGUGAUGCUCGGGGCUGAGGGGCUGCUGGACGCGCUGCUGUACGCGACGACGCGGCGGCCCAUCAUCUUCUCGGGCGAGCAGCCGCCCACGCAGGACACGGGCAUCGACACGUUUGCGUUUGUGCGCACGCCGCCGGGGCGCAAGUUUGGCAACGUGGUGUUUGUGCGGGGCGGGGAGGCGGACGAGGAGGCGGGCCUGGGAGGGGAGCGAGGCGGUGGCGGUAAUAACAACAACGGCACCAGCAGCAGCAGCAGCACCAGCAGCAGCAGCAGUGGCAGCAGCAGCGGCAGCGAUGAUGCGUCGCACGACCGCCGGCGCGUCGAGGUCAGCGAGGCCAAGCCGCAGCUUGCCGCCGGUCGGAUGGGCGGGCUCUUCCAGGUGAUGAGUUCCGACGGGAGGGAGCAGAGGAGGAAAAAGAAGGAUAAUCACCACCUUAGGGUCUCGGGCAUGGACACCACGCGGUUGACUAUACAGUGUGAGACGGUCAUGAGCGUCUCGGUCGAGAUGGACCCCGACAUGAUGAACCGGUCACAGGCGAGCUUGACGAGCGAAUUUUCAGCGAUCGACACGGCAUACAGUGGGCCAUCGAGGAUAUCACAGUCGUGA